AUGGGGCAUCUAGUGACUGUAGCGACUUGUUCCUUGAACCAGUGGGCGCUGGAUUUUGAGGGCAAUGCCGAUCGGAUCAUCAAGAGUAUCCGCAUCGCCAAAGAGCGCGGUGCCUCCUUGCGUGUAGGUCCUGAGCUCGAGGUGACAGGAUAUGGUUGUUUCGAUCACUUUUUAGAGGGAGACACAUAUCUCCAUUCGUGGGAAAUGCUUGGACGCAUCCUCGAAACUGAAGGCACAGAUGAUAUUCUCCUUGAUAUUGGUAUGCCCGUCUCGCACCGGAAUGUCAAGUACAACUGCCGUGUGAUCUGUCUGAACCGUAAAGUUCUGUUGAUUCGCCCGAAGUUGUGGUUAGCCAACGAUGGCAACUACCGUGAGCAACGGUAUUUUACGGCAUGGGCUCGUCCUAGACAUGUGGAGCCAUUCUACCUUCCGAGAAUGAUUCAGAAGCUCACUGGGCAAACGAUGUGUCCUUUUGGUGAUGCAGUUAUCUCGACUCCUGAUACCUGUUUUGGAGCUGAAACCUGUGAGGAGUUGUUCACACCCAACAGCCCCCACAUUGGCAUGAGUCUCGAUGGCGUAGAGAUCAUGACAAAUUCUAGUGGAAGUCAUCACGAGCUGCGCAAACUCUACAGAAGGAUUGACUUGAUGAAAGAAGCCACCAUGAAGUGCGGAGGUGUUUAUCUAUACUCAAACCCGCAAGGCUGUGACGGAGACCGUCUAUACUACGAUGGGUGUGCAAUGAUCCUCGUAAAUGGCCAGAUCGUCGCGCAAGGCACACAGUUCUCCUUGACCGAUGUUGAAGUUGUUACAGCCACUGUUGACCUUGAGGAAGUCCGUGCUCAUCGCGCUCAAGCAUCUCGUGGAAUGCAGGCGGUUGCUGCUCCCAGCUACCAGCGCAUUGAAGCAAGCAAAGCUUUGUCAAAGGAGGCAGGCGUGAUUGACCCUCAUUUGAUGCCCACUAAGGAAAUCAAGGUGCGAUACCACACACCAGAAGAAGAGAUUGCGCUUGGUCCUGCUUGUUGGUUGUGGGAUUACCUUAGGCGCUCAAAGACAGCAGGUUAUUUCCUCCCAUUGAGUGGUGGGAUUGACAGUUGUGCAACUGCGACUAUUGUGCACUCAAUGUGUAGGCUCGUGGCACAAGCAGCGGCAAACGGCAAUGAGGAAGUCAUCAAAGAUGCGCGCCGUAUGGCUGGAGAGAAAGAGGAUUCUGACUGGUUGCCGACUGAUCCCAAAGAAUUUGCGGGACGCAUCUUCCAUACGUGUUACAUGGGAACUGAGAACUCCAGCAAGGAAACGCGCGAGCGUGCUAGGCACUUGGCUGAGGCUAUUGGUGCUUAUCAUGUCGACCUUAACAUGGAUGAUCUCGUGCGUGCCGUGCAGACGCUUUUCACAUUCGUGACAGGCAAAAAGCCGGAAUACAAAGUUCACGGGGGAUCCCAAACCGAGAACCUUGCUUUGCAAAACAUUCAAGCUCGUCUGCGCAUGGUCAUUGCGUACCUCUUUGCUCAGCUUUUGCCAUGGGUGCGCGGUAAGCCUGGAGGGCUUCUUGUACUUGGCAGUGCUAAUGUUGAUGAGGCUCUUCGUGGAUACUUCACAAAGUAUGACUGUUCCAGUGCUGAUGUCAACCCAAUCGGUGGUAUCUCCAAGACUGACCUCAAGAGGUUCAUUGCGUAUGCUCGGGAUGAGUUUGACCUUCCCAUCUUGCAUGAAUUCCUCGAGGCCACACCAACUGCUGAGCUCGAGCCGAUCACCAAGGAUUACGUGCAGUCUGAUGAAAUUGAUAUGGGAAUGACAUAUGAUGAACUGUCCGUAUUUGGAAGGCUCAGAAAGGUUGAGAAAUGUGGUCCUUACAGCAUGUUCACCAAACUUGUUCACGAGUGGGGUGACAAGUUGUCGCCCACUGAGAUCGCUACAAAAGUCAAGCGGUUCUUCUUUUACCAUGCGAUCAACCGGCAUAAGAUGACUACACUGACCCCAUCCUACCACGCGGAAGCCUACUCCCCGGAUGACAACAGGUUCGAUCUGCGCCCGUUCUUGUAUAAUGCGGGUUGGUCGUGGCAGAACAAGAAGAUUGACGAAGCUGCCAAGCAACUGGAAGAGCUGGAUUCAAAGAAAGAUUGA